AUGGAGGAUUUUCAAGUAUACAUCCAAGUAGCAACCAUUGGGUUAGUUUCGUUGAUCUUGGUUCGAGCCAUUUUUAGCAGAAUACAAAAGAAGCCUAAUUGCCCACCUAGCCCACUGGCUUUGCCCAUCAUAGGACACCUCCACCUUCUUGCUCCCAUUCCUCAUCAAGCUCUUCGCAGCCUUUCCCAACGCUACGGACCCAUCAUCCAACUUUUUCUGGGCUCUGUUCCAUGUGUUGUAGCUUCCACUCCAGAAACCGCCCUUGAGUUUCUCAGAACUCAUGAAGCUUCUUUCUCCAAUCGCCCUCAAAAUACUUCCGUUGACUUCUUGACCUAUGGCUCCCAGGACUUCUCCUUCGCUCCCUACGGCCCCUACUGGAAGUUCAUGAAGAAACUGUGCAUGUCUGAGCUUCUCGGUGGCCGGACGCUCGACCAGCUCCUUCCGGUGCGGCGGCAGGAGACGCUGAGAUUUCUAGGGCUUCUGCUGAACAAGGCCGAGAGGGGUGAGGCGGUGGACGUUGGAGCAGAGCUGCUGACACUGUCCAAUAACAUCGUGUCCAGAAUGCUCAUGGGUCAAACAUGCUCUGAGGAUGACGGUGAAGCUGAAGAGAUCAGGAAGCUAGUGAGAGACACCGCCGAGCUGACGGGGAAGUUCAAUGUUUCGGAUUUUAUUUGGUUCUGCAAGAACUGGGAUUUGCAGGGAAUCAAGAAAACAAAGGAACUGAGGGACAGGUUCGACAGUCUCAUGGACAGAGUGAUAGGAGAACACCAGGAGGAGAGAAGGAAGAUGAAGGAAGUAGGACCGUUAGUGGUGAGGGAAUCGAGCGAAAGGUGCAGUGUGGGAGGGUACGAGAUUGCAGAGAAGACGCAGCUGUUUGUGAACGUGUGGGCCAUAGGAAGGGACCCAAACUACUGGGAAAACCCAGAGGAGUUCAGGCCAGAGAGGUUCAUGAUGACGACGAGUGAAGAAGGAGGAGGAAGAGGGAGAAAGAAGCAGGUAGAUGUGAGAGGGCAACACUUUGAGUUGAUACCAUUUGGGAGUGGAAGAAGAGGGUGUCCUGGAACAUCUCUGGCUUUGCAGGUAGUGCAGGCGAAUCUGGGAGGCAUGAUUCAGUGUUUUGGGUGGGAGGUAGAAGGAGGCAAGGCAAGUGUUGACAUGGAAGAGAAACCAGGCCUCACUCUUUGCAGAGCUCAUCCUUUGAUCUGUGUCCCGUGCCCUAGCCUCACUCCCUUUCCUUCUUUCUGA